AUGCUCACAAGAUCAAAGGGGGAUUUCAAAAAUCUAUCAAUAGAGUGUUUACAAUUACCACUAUCACUUGGUUCAACUCGUUCAAAACCUUCAUCUAAGCAGGACUCUCGUCAACAAUCUGGAAUUUUUACAAAACAAUUCUCCACUCCAUUAUCUCCCAUAUCUGCUGAUUUGCGUAACGAAGAACGUAAAACAUCAAUGGAACAACAGUUCGAGAGUGAAUAUCAGGAUCAACUGCAGCAACUGGUUCAGGCAAUAGCAACAGCAAAAGAAAUUGAGGGAGAGCUUCUGGAUGUGGGAAAUACGGUUGAGAACACGAUAUAUAAAUACUCAGAAGAACUAUCACUAACAUCUACAACUGCGUUUAUAAAUCAGCAAUCUCAACAACCUGCAGCCAUAGCGGCAAUAAAAACAGAAUCAUUUGGGAGAUACAACUUAGAUCAGAGCGACAAAAAUUUUCAGCAGAUGAUUUUAAAAAAUCUUAAUAAAUUUUCUGGAUAUAAUGAAGAUCCAAAUUCAUGGCUAAUUUCAGUUAUUAGUGUAUUUGAACAGUUUAAGCGAUAUCCACAAUCCAUCAUUAAUUUUCGUCUCAGUAAACGUCAACAACAAGAGAAUGAAAGUUCUAUUAUCGGAACGGAUUAUAUCAAGAGAUAUGGUUUGAAAGCUGAUGCAGUUGCAGAAACAGAAGUAUCUCAUGUCAUUAACACAAAACCGCAUUCUCCACCAUGUUCGAAAUGUUAUCCAAUGAGUAAACAGAAAGAAGAUGCCUUGUAUGAUAUUCUUAUGGAAUUAAUGAGUGCUAGUUUGAUUUCAAAAGCUAAAUCGCCGUAUGCGGCUCCUGCAUUAUUAACACCGAAGUCAGACGGUACUUGGAGAUUUGUGGUGGAUUAUAAGAAGCUAAAUAAUGUUACGAUUAAAGAUUCAUUCCCAUUGCCAAACAUGGAACAAACUUUACAACGAUUGGGCGAAGGAUAUCAUUUUUUUACAAAGUUAGACUUGAAAAGCGGAUUUUGGCAGAUUCCUAUCAAGAGCGAAGGUCGAUUUAAGACAGCAUUUAUUACUCCGUUCGGUUUAUAUCAAUUCAACGUCCUUCCGCAGGGUUUAACGAAUUCACCGCCAACUUUUCCACGCGUUAUGUCAACAGUAUUGCAAUCAUGCCGUCAAUUUUGUCAAGUUUAUUUGGACGAUAUUAUUAUAUUCUCAAGAACAGUGGAAGAACAUUUAGAUCAUUUACAGAAAGUUUUAGAAUGUUUAAAUCGCAACAAUUUGUAA